UAAGCUCUAGAAUAUAUCGGAGUCGCCCACGAGUUCGCACCCUCACCUGGUAUAAGACGUAUGUAAUCUCCCACUGUCCCUUUUGCGACACCUUCCUGCUACAUCCCCUGCCAAUCCCGUCCUGUCACCCCUUCCGCGCUCGCCCCUUCUGCGUCACUUCUACACGGCUCUAUCACAUCUGCUCUUCACAUUGAACACGAUGCCAGUGAGACGUACCGGAAGGGCUGCGCGACGCGCUGCCACUGGGGCCGGGUUCCAGCUUACCUGGCUCGAUGCGUCAACCCCUCCGACCAUCAACUUUGCGCCGAACGUCACUCCGGGGACGUUCAACGAUCCCCCGGCGCCCGUCGAGUUCGUGCCGGAGUCAACCCUCUUUCCCUCCUCCUCCCCCGCCACACCGUCGUCAAAGAAGUCGGGGCACUCCAAGAAGAAGGCCGGGGACUAUAUUCCGAGGCCCGCGAACGCGUUCAUCCUCUUCCGGUCAGCGUUCAUCAAGAACCAACACGUCUCGUCAGAGGUCGAGACGAACCACAGUACGCUGUCCAAGAUCGCGGGCAUCACCUGGGCCAUCCUCCCCCCGCACGAGCGCGACAUCUGGUACGCGAAGGCGAAGGUGCUUGCUGACGAGCACAAGAAACAGUGGCCGGGGUACACGUUCAAGCCGAUCUACCCCAAGGAGAAGCCGGAGAAGCGAAAGGUCAAGGAGGUCGGCCAGCGGGAUCAAAAGAGGUGCGAAAAGAUCGCCGCGCUUCUCGUCGAGGGUAAGAAGGGUGCCGAGCUCGAUGCGGUCAUCAAAGAGUUUGACCGCCACCACGUACCUGAGGUGGUCACCCGCUUCGAGGAGCCGAUCACGGCUCGCGCUUUCCGACGAUCGUCGUCGGAGCCCGCCCCAGGAACGGAGCACACCAAUCCGCCAUUCCUUGUAUCGACUCCUAAGGCCUCCAAGCGCAAGUCGAAGAAGGUCCGCUCCUCGAGCUCCCAGCCCGAACCAGCGUCGUCGUCGCCAUCGUCUUCUGCACCUACCUCGCCGGAGUAUUCCCCUCUGACGCAGUUCGAAGGCAGCUCGGAGUCUCCAAGUGAGUACUCGCCGAUGAUGAUGCCUCAUCGUUUCCCUUCUGCGGAUCCCGCCGAGAUCGAGUCAGCAUUCGACUUCAGCACUUUCACUUUCAACGCCUGCGCGGCACCGCCUGUACAGUUUUGCGAUCCCCUCACGCCGACCUGCGAGCAAACUCCCCACGUCUUCGCCCCGGUGCCGACCGGUCCUUACGUGCCGCAAGCUGGUGCGUAUCAGCCGCCGGGACUCACCAUCAACACGAAUUUCUUGCAGUUCGAGCCAUGGGCGGGUACCGCGAUGUCAUCGCCAUCUCCGCUGUCGAGUUCGCCGAGCACGCCUCUUCUUGGCUACGAGGACCUGCCUUCUCGCUCGACGGCGUACACAGAGCAGCCGCGAUUCGUCCCUCAGCAUCGAUACCCUGACCAUCGAUACCCCGAGUAUUAUCUCCCCGUCGACCAGGGGGGGAUGCUGCAAUUCGGCAACUCCUACGCGCAGACAUACGAGAGCGCGCAGGCCAAUGGACAGGCGGAUUAUCCCGUAUUCGAUCCAUCUUUUCACGGCGCCCCGCUCGUCGGACCUUCUGCGAAACGAGAGGUGUCAUUCAAUGACAGGUCACGGCUCGACCAGUUUCUGGAGGACAUCUCGAAAUCUUUCGCGGCGUCUUCAGGAGUGAUGUAAGGGUCUCAGGGACUGACCGUUCACUCACUUACCCUCCCCGCUCCUUGCGCCUUCCCGUCAUUUCCGUCGAGCCUCAUGGACUGGAAGGUACUCGCUCCGCUGUAUCAUAUCGCGCUGCGCGCCCAACUGUAGCAUUAGUCGGAAGCGUCCUACGCGACGCCGUGUUAUCGUGCCUGCUUUCCCAUCACUAGUCGCUUACCUCGAGGUUAUUUACGUGCUAUCGGAUGUUAUUUUGUAGAUUAGCAGGAUCCAAAUGGAUUCAUUCCUUUU